AAAGAAAGCGGAAUCUGCUUACGGGGAGUAAUUAUAAAGGUCAGGGAGACAGAGGAGGGGGUAAUAAUAAUGGUGGCCGUCGGCAAAAAAAUACCAGGUAUGACAUUUGGCCUCGAGGAAUAUGCAUUGUUUUGCACCCGAGAUUUCAAAAUAGAGGAUUGCUUUGAACUAGAAGACGGUGUAAGUGUCGCCUUAUUACCGCCGAUGAACGAUUUGCUCUCCUGGUCCUAUGCGCUCGUUCUGGCCAUAUUCAAUGGAGUGGCCAGCACUAGGGGACAUCUUCAGCGCCUCGUCUCGCGCCUCGUAGCCGAUGAGGAGUUUAGCCCUGAUUUUGUCGCCAAUUUUUCCUCGUCGCGGAACGACCCGUCGGGGACGAGGGCUACGGAGACAGCUAGAGAACGUUGGAAGUGGCUGAAGCGUCGCUUCCUGGCGACGCAGCGACUCGACGCGUCUAGCCCCUGCGUCCUGAAGCGCGGGUGUGCAGCGGACCCACUGUUGAAAACGGUUAGAAUGUCGACGAGAUCGUGCUUGGAGAGUUUACUUUGGAUUGUCAGCGUCAGCGAGCCUAUUCUGGCCUCGCUCGAAACAUCUCCGUAUACAGUUCCAAAUCUCGCACUUGGUUAUCCCAUGAGACCUACUAAAUCGCUUGCAAACGCAUUUCAGCACAUUCUCGUGUCAAAUCCACGCCCAGCGGUCAGGCUGCUCACGCUCAACCGACCCAAGGCGUUGAACGCCCUCUCCACGCCCCUGUUCAACGAGCUCAAUCAAGCUUUACUCAAUGCCGAUCAAGACAAGGAUGUCUCUGCUGUUGUGCUCACUGGGAGCGAAAAGGCAUUCGCUGCUGGCGCAGACAUCAAGGAAAUGCAGUCUAAAUCAUUCUCAGAAGUGUAUUCUACCGAUUUCCUGGCCAGCUGGACUUCCAUCAGACAAGUUCGCAAACCUAUCAUUGCCGCUCAACUAACUCGUAAACUUUGCAGUGUAAGCGGCUAUGCGUUAGGAGGGGGAGCCGAGCUUGCUCUUAUGUGCGAUAUCAUAUUGGCCUCGCCCACUGCGAAAUUUGGUUUACCCGAAAUCACCCUGGGCGUCAUUCCCGGAGGGGGUGGCACUCAGCGGCUUGCGGGUAUUGUGGGUAAAAGUAGAGCCAUGGAACUUGUUUUGACAGGCCGUCAAUUCGAUGCAGAAGAAGCUGAACGCUGGGGAGUUGCCAGCAGGAUCGUCCGAACCGAAAAGAAGGAGGGAGACGAGCACCUCCCCGUGGUUCAGGAGGCUCUAGACAUGGCCUCCAAAAUAGCGAGCUUUGGACAGUUAUCUGUACAAGCUGGGAAGGAGGCAGUCAAUGCAGGUAAGGGUUUUGUGCAUCGCGUCCCUGAGGAGAACGAGGAUAUUGGGCUGGAUCUGACAUGA